UCGCUUCGGUUUGCCAGAUCAUAUUGUAAGCGAUAACGGACCGCAAUUUAGAAGUUUAGAAUUUCGAGAAUUUUUAAAAAGAAACGGUGUGAAACAAUCUUUUUCACCACCUUAUCAUCCGGCAACCAACGGCGCAGCCGAGAACUUUGUAAAAACGUUUAAGGACAAAGAUAAUCAGUGGACCCCAGGUCUUGUCGAAGCUUGGUUCGAGCUUCUUGACGAGUAUUGGCGUGACUUUCUGGCUAACUAUGUAGCCCUGCUGGAAGCGGCCACAACCGCCACGGCAGAUGCUGUGGGUAACGUCUACGCCUCAGCUGAGACCGACUAUAGCUGCACGCGUCGUGGACCAAGACUGCCGUCUAUCAUCAUCCCUCAGUUUUCUGGUCGGCGGGAGGACUGGGAGUCCUUCCGCGACCUGUUCAAAGCCCUGGUUCACAACGAGCCUCAACUGACCGACGUCGAGCGCCUCUACUAUUUAAAGUCGCUCGUGCAAGGGGACGCCAAGGCUGCUAUCGACACCGUUCAGACUGUUGGCACCAACUACAGCACUGCAUGGAGCCUCCUCAAGACGCGGUAUGAGCACCGCCGGUUGCUUGUGCACGAUCAUCUCUCGGCGUUCCGCAGCAUCAAACCCAUGCGGGAAGAGUCCACUGAAGGUCGCCCUGUGGACCACUGGGACGAUUGGUUCGUCUCACUCACCACCACGAGCUUGGAUCCAGCGACUAGACGGGCCUGGGAGGAUGAUUUGGAGAAGCUUGAGGCAUCCAGCCCGGAGCUAGAAGUUAACAUAGCCACGUUCACUGUCUUGGCGUCUUUCCUUCGUCGCGAGUGUCGCGCUCUCCGCUCUGUUGAAGCUUCUCGCGAAACACGCGCUCCUGUGCCCUCCAGCUCACGUACUACGGCACCCUCUUCAGCCACCCGGAGCUUCCACACCCUUGCAACUCAAGAAAGCUCGCUUAUCUGCCCUAUCUGUCAUGGUGCUCACUAUCUAGGCCACUGCAGCGAGUUCCAGGGCUUAAACGCGACGGCCAAGAAGAACGUCGUGUUCCGCGAAAGGCUCUGCUUCAAUUACUGGAAGCGGGUGCAUUCCGUCAAAGAUUGUCCGUCCAAAUCCGUCUGCCAACACUGCCGCGCCACCCACCACAGCCUUCUGAAUGACGGGCAGAAGCGUCACGCGGAGUGCCAGAACGAUACAACCCCAGCGAAGCACGCCAAGCGCGAGGACAAGGCUCGCUCCAAAGCCGGCGAUGGCAACCCAAAGCCUCAACAAUGA